UGAUAAUGAUAACGCGCAGGCGUUCGAGAUCGGGAAGAAAGAGAAGAGAGAAGAGUCGGACUCGGGAUAGCCGAGUUUUCAAUUUCACGAGUUGGCAAACCUGGCUGGUAUAGGAUAACAGGAGAAGAUUUUACCCUCGAUAACGACUAUCGUGGGGUGAAUCGUGAAACGAGGAGGGUGACGUACGGUUUCUAGCAUUCCAUCAUUUGUGAUCUUCUUUCUAUUGUUCUUUUUCACCCCUUCUUGUCCAAUCUCUCUUCACCUCCUACACAGUCAAUUGCAAUUUAUGAAUUAAUGUUUCAUAAAUUUAUAAUAUUAUAUCUUUCGAUUCGAUCUAGAAAAUAAACGCUCUUUAUGAUAGAAUUCAUUUAAUUUUUUCGAAAAAUAGAGCUUUCGUUGAAUAAAAACAAGAAAGAGAAAUAGCGAGAGAGGAUUGUUCGCAUGCGCAGACAAAGUCGUCGAAGGUUGGAAGUUCGUUUUUAAGGAAACUAGAGCUUGCAUGUACCGCGGAUCGCCGAGCCGCUUAAAAGCUGGUGGUAGUAGUAACUGGUGGAGGAAAAGUAGGAGAGGGCAGUAUUGGGUACUCGUCUGCGCAAGCGUCGAAGUGAAAAUUGGCAAAAGCUUUGGCAGGGUGUUUCCUGCGCCCUCGUAAAAUCAUUUCCCGGUCGUUACGGACCGCCCAAAUUUUUAUGUCUUUUCCUGCUUUUAACAAGCUAAUCGGAUAUUCUAAAAUGAGGACGAUGGCCAGCAAAUAAAUUCAAAUCCAGAUUAAUCGAUUUCUCAUAAGAACAAGAAGCCUAAUGCAAGUUACCCCGAGCUAAGAGAAUAUCGACAAAUUUAUAUCCGAAAUUAAAUUUACAAACAAAGAGAUUAAAAAAUUAAUUACGAUGUGAAAAUGAGCAUCUUCAUUCCAAAUAAAUAAAUAUUCGUUUGACCGAAGCGGCUCAAUGAUUAGAACAAUCGCCCGGAAAGCGGGAAAAACCCGGCUUUGCGUUCCGAUUCAGACAACCCAACGGCCCAAUUUUUUCACGAAUCCUAAAACGGAUUGAACGCUUUAUGAAGUUUGUUGUGCCAGCUCUUGAACCCCUCGUUCUCUACUUCCUACGCCACUGGGCUCGUCGACUCCAGUUGGAAGGAGGGGAAGCAUCAGACAGCAGAGGGGUUUCAAAUAUCGAUCUCCCGCGUUCUACCAGUCAUUCACUCUCGCGUGUGUGAAAUGAAACAUACACAUGGAUAUUCCGAAUUGGCGAAGAGAGAGAGAGAGAGAGAGAGAGAGAGAGAAAGGCGGUGGGGAGAUUGGGAGGGGAAGCAUUCACCAGAGAAUCCCAGGUAAAGCUCAGGGGAAGAGAGUAGACGACAGCCAACCAGGAACUACCAACGACACAGCUCGUCCAGAAAAAUGUCAUGCUAGCUGAGAACUCUGGGCUCCGUGUCUCUACACCUACGCAGACUCCCUCGUACCUUCUCACUCACCCUCUCUCUCUCUCUCUCUCUUUUUUUCUUUUUCUUUCUGUUUUCUCUUCCUUCACUAUAUAUCGUGUAUUUCACCCGUUUGCGCUUGUGUCUUCCUACUCCGAGGGUUGCUCGAAACUACGCGCAUGCGCACAUUACGUUCAACAUCGCUUUACUUUCGAGCUUUUCCACCCCUUCUUCUCCCACCCUUUUUCUCUUUCUCUCUGGCUUUCUUUUUUUUUUUUUACGCAAAUACGAUGGACGAAACUUCACGCGCUUUCUUCGAAGAUUAUCUCGCGCAUCUGCAAAAGGCGCAGACUGUACGAGGGUAAUCUGUAAAUUGUAUCAGUGAUUCUCAAAUCAUUUUUUCACCUUCGACCGAGAUCGCAUUAAUUUCCUACUUUAUUGUUAAAUAGAUGAUCUAAAUCGUUCUUUUGAAUUUAUAAAAGAGCGUUUUUGGUCAAUUGUAAUGGAAUAUUUUGAAAUUAAAUUUAAUAAUAAUUCAAUGUUUACACCAAUAGAUAAACACGUGUUAUGAUAUUUUCUACAUUCUUCAUUAAGUUAAGUUUAGAUAUGAAAGUUAGACUAUAAACAUAUUUAAAUGAAAAUAAAUGAAUUUUUCAAAAGAGAGGAUCAAAAGUUUAUUAUCAAAAUCUAAAAGGAUAGUACAAUAAAUUUAGUACAACUAAUCAAAAGAAGAACUCGUAACUCGAUCUAUGAGAUUUUAUCAGGAAAGAAUCAUUAAAAGUGAUACGAUCGAAUGUAAAGCACCGAAAAGCCCAUCAAACUUUGCCAACUAUUGUGCCUAUAAUUUUGACAAAGAGUCAAAUCAACGUGAAAAUUAUAAUUAGUAUAUACCUUAUUUAUCUAUAUUUACAAUUUUUGUAAAAAGACACUUAUGAUUUAAGGAAACAAUCUAGAUAAUGAAUAACAUAGCGGUUCGUAUAUCGAUUUAACAGAACCAAGGAAACCAUCGUUGAUCCUGGGUGGACAUAGUGUCGCCAAGUCUGUUUGCUAGCGUAGUCCAGUUCGGUAUAGGAGGCUCUCGGCAACAACUCUGAAAAUGUCUGACGGUGGAGAAACUGAAAGCGAGGACAGUGAUGCCGAAGGUGGUUUGGGAAACGUAAAUAAACUUGUAAUACGUCCGCCCGGUCAUAGUGGGAAAGCAAAAAAGGGACACAUCUGUUUCGAUGCCUCAUUUGAAACCGGUAACUUGGGUCGGGUGGAUCUUGUUUCAGAGUUCGAGUACGAUCUUUUCAUAAGACCGGAUACCUGCAGCCCGCGACUUCGCCUGUGGUUCAACUUUACCGUUGACAACGUAAGAUCCAAUCAGCGUGUUAUAUUCAACAUAGUGAACAUAUCUAGAAGUAUGAAUCUCUUUCAAAUCGGCAUGGCACCGUUAGUUAAAAGCACCGGCAGACCAAAAUGGCAAAGGAUACCUCAGGAUCAGCUUUUUUAUUACAAAUCACCGCAACAUCAGAAUCACUACGUGCUCAGUUUCGCGUUCGCUUUCGAUCGAGAAGACGAUGUCUACCAAUUUGCUUUAACUUAUCCGUAUUCAUAUAAUCGGUAUCUCGGGCAUCUGAAUAAUCUCAGUACCAAGAUAGCCUAUGUUCACAGAGAAACUUUAGCCACCUCGAUUCAGAAGAGGAAGGUUGACCUGAUCACCAUAACAUCCGAUACGAACAACGGUCGGGAAUUAGCCCGGAAAGUUGUGGUAGUACUUGCGAGAAUUCAUCCAGGCGAAUCACCGUCCUCUUACGUUUGUCAAGGCCUCAUGGAUUUUCUAGUCAGUACUCAUCCGAUCGCUCAGGUUCUCAGGCAUUACGUGAUAUUUAAAAUUGUGCCAAUGAUCAAUCCCGAUGGAGUUUUCCUCGGCAAUUAUAGAUCUACGUUGAUGGGUAUGGAUUUAAAUCGAAAUUGGAAUUGUAUAUCAGAAUGGAUUCAUCCAACGCUAUCGGCAACCAAAUCGAUGUUAGAAUCCCUAGAUAAAAACACACACACACCAUUAGAUUGCGUUUUGGAUUUGCAUGCACAUACAAACGCAACUGGAGUCUUCGUUUAUGGGAACACAUACGAAGACGUAUACAGGUACGAAAGACAUAUUGUCUUACCAAAAUUGCUAGCUCAACAUACAGAGGACUACAACUUAGGAAACACGAUGUAUAAUCAAGAUCCUCACAAAGGUGGGACAUCCCGUCGAUAUCUAUGCUCCAUUCUAAAGGAACAUGUCAAUUGUUAUACCGUACAAGUGUCAAUGUAUGGCUAUUGUAGGAAAGGAACAUCAAGUAUUUUACCAUAUACAGAAGAAAGUUACUACAGAGUCGGUCGGAAUCUCGCACGAGUAUUUUUAGAAUAUUACAAGUUAACCGGUCUGAUACCGUGUGGACUUCCAGAUCAACCAUCGAACAAGAGUAAUCGACAAUCUCGUCAGAGACAUCACGUAUCAAGGCAGCCACGUUCUAAAAUGGUCAGGACACCGGCUCCUUUGCAUCUAGCUAGCAUUCACGAGUACUUCCGGGAGGACAUUGAGCCGCUCCCGAGUGCUCGUUACCGAUCGAUGAGCGGCACGCGUAUGAGCCGGGCUGAAAUUGCAAUUGGAACUGGAACUGAAAGCGGAACUGGAAUAGGAAGUGGAAGUGGAACGACGGGCGUCAACGGAUGCAGGUACCAGAGCCACAGGUUCCGGAGCCCCGGGGCACCGCUCGACAGGGUGCAAGCUCCAACAAGACGACCCACCGAGCCGAGGCUUACCAUUAUCGAUUUCAAUCAGCUGACAAGAGGCGGUUUGGAACUGGCCAUGAGUAAGAACAAGAUUAAUCGUCAUCGCGGUCGCUUUAAGCUCCAAUAAUAAAAAUAUGAAAGGAAAUCAAAUUUUGUUCUUUCGUUGACUCGCUUUGACGUAUCACACGUUACAAAGACAUCCUCCAUCUUUUUUACUGCUUUUUUUUUAAUAUAAUAACAUCUAUAUGUAAUAAAAAAAACUGUAGAUUACAUAA